AUGUCUAAUAACACUGAACUUAUUAAUAAUUCAAAUGAGUGUAAUUGGAUAGAAGAAGCAAUCUCUAAAAAACUUAUCAAAUUUUAUGAAUUUGGCCAAUUUUAUAAUAUUGAAGAAAUUGGUUCUGGAGGCUUCGGAAAAGUUUAUCGUGCAGAUUGGAAGGAUUCUCAUAAACGUUGUGCACUUAAAUCUUUUUAUAAUUUAAAUGAUGCUACAAUUAAAGCAAUUGUUCGUGAGAUUCAACAUCAUCGUGAAGUUGAUUUUUAUGAUAAUGUUAUCCGUUUUUAUGGCGUCACAACUUUCAGAAAUCAAAUCAAAGAAUAUUCGUUGGUAAUAGAAUAUGCUGACGGUGGUACACUUCGAACUUAUUUGAAAGAAAAUUUUGAAAAUCUUACUUGGAACGAUAAAUUUAGUCUUGCAUUUCAACUGGUUUAUGCAGUAUCAUGCUUACAUGGUGAAGGAAUCGUGCACCGUGAUUUGCACUCCAAAAAUAUAUUAGUCCAUCAGAAUACUGUUAAGUUAGCCGAUUUUGGACUUUCUAAAAGGAUUGAGGAAUCAUCCAAUCUUCAAUCAAAAGUAUUUGGAAUGAUUACUUAUGUUGAUCCAAAAAUAUUCAAUAGAAGAAGAAAUAUUAACAAUAACCAGCCAGAAGUAUACUCGUUAAACGAGAAGAGUGAUGUUUACAGUAUUGGCAUACUCUUAUGGGAAAUUUCUAGUGGACGACAACCUUUUUGUAAUGAAUUGAAAGAUCUCGGUUUGGCCAUGGAAAUUUUACAAGGUCUUAGAGAGGACCCCAUUCCUGAUACACCUGAAGAAUAUAUGAAAAUUUAUACUGAUUGUUGGAAUAUUGAACCUGAUAACCGUCCAACUAUCAACCAAGUGUUUGAUAAAUUAAAAGAAAUUAUAAAAAAAGAAAAUAUAAUUAUCAAAGACUUUCACUUAUUUAAUGAUAAUAAAAUUAAUGAAAUUACACAAUCAUCUAAUAAUCAGCAGCCAAUUUUGGAUGGUGAGAUUUCUGAAAAUAUUGAUUCAUUACAUGGAGAUUUGUCUCAAAUUAUUCAAAAUUUCAAUGUGAUGAAUACAGAAGAAAUAGAAAAAUCUUCGAUGUCAUCAAGUAACCAAUUUGAGAACAAUAACUUCGAUGUAAUAGUUAAUGAUAUAUUAAUUAUUAUUUUUAAUGAUAAUAAUGAAGUAACAAAGCGAAAAGUCCUAAACUAUCUUAAUAACCGUAAUAUAACUUUGCAAGAAAUUAAUAAUUUAUUAUUAAAUAAUCAAAAUGACUCAAAUUCUCUUGCCUUACUUGGAGAUUUUAAUUAUUUUGGACUUGGAAUUUGUAUUAAUAAGCAAAAAGCAUUUAAAUUAUAUCAAAAGGCAGCAGACUUAGGGAAUUUAUUUGGAAUAAUCAGUUUAGGAUAUUGUUAUUCUAAUGGAACUGAUAUUUAUAAGAAAAAAGCAUUUGAAUUAUUUCAAAAGACAGCAGAUUUAGGAAAUUCGUCUGGAAUAAAUAGAUUAGGAUUUUGUUAUCAAAAUGGAAUUGGAACUGAUAUUGAUAAGAAAAAAGCAUUUGAAUCAUAUCAAAAAGCAGCAGAUUUAGGAAAUUCGCCUGGAAUUAAUAGUUUAGGAUAUUGUUAUCUAAAUGGAAUUGGAACUGAUAUUGAUAAGAAAAAAGCAUUUGAAUUAUUUCAAAAGGCAGCAGAUUUAGGAAAUUCGCCUGGAAUAAAUCAUUUAGGAUAUUGUUAUCAACAUGGAAUUGGUACUGACAUUGAUAGAAAAAAGGCAUUUGAAUUAUUUCAAAAAGCAGCAGAUUUAGGCAAUUCAUCUGGAAUAAAUCAUUUAGGAUAUUGUUAUAAACAUGGAAUUGGAACUGAUAUUGAUAGAAAAAAGGCAUUUGAAUUAUUUCAAAAAGCAGCAGAUUUAGGAAAUUCAUCUGGAAUAAAUCAUUUAGGAUAUUGUUAUCAACAUGGAAUUGGUACUUACAUUGAUAAGAAAAAAGCAUUUGAAUUAUUUCAAAAGGUAGCAAAUUUAGAAAAUUCAUCUGGAAUAAAUAAUUUAGGAUAUUGUUAUCAAUAUGGAAUUGGAACUGAUAUUGAUAAGAAAAAAGCAUUUGAAUUAUAUCAAAAGGCAGCAGAUUUGGAAAAUGUAGAUGGAAUAAAUAAUAUAGGAUAUUGUUAUAAAAAUGGAAUUGGAACUGACGUUGAUAAGAAAAAAGCCUUUGAAUUAUAUCAAAAGACAGCAGAUUUAGGAAGCAGUUUAGCUCAAUAUAAUCUUGCUAUGAUGUAUGAAAAUGAAGGAACUGUUAAAAUAUAG